AUGGCGAAUUAUUGUAUAUUGGUUUGGUCUCUCGUUAUGGUCCGUGAACCAGUUGCUAGCGCAAGAGGUUAACUUUCUGCGCUGAAAUGACAUGCCACGCACGUCGAGAAUUUUUCGUCCCAAAGUUGCAAUAUUUUCUCAGUUCCAAGUAUAUUUAAAUAUAACCCAGGCAAAACAAAUAAUAAAUUUAUUACUUCUUAGUAAUAAUUUCUAUCCAGUGAUAUUAUACCGACGAGUUCAAAAAGAAAGCGACGAAUUAUUGUAUAUAUGGUUUGGUCACUCGUUAUGGUCCGUCAAUCAGUUGCCAGUGCAAGAG